AUGGGAGAUGUUGAUGGUGGCUGGGCAUGGCUCGUCCUCAUUGGGUGCACCGUCAUGAACACCAUCAUGGCAGGGACAGAUAAGUGCUUCGGCUUGAUUUAUCUUGAGAUGCUGGAGGUGUUCGAUGACAAAGCCGCCACCACUGCAUGGGUGACCGCACUGGCCAUUACAAUUCGCUCGGUGUUGGGACCAGUGGUGAGUCUCCUCUGUUCUCGCUUUGGGUGCCGUGCGGUAGCCAUCGCCGGGGGCCUCAUCACCAGCACUGGUAUGAUUCUCAGCGCAUUCCGAUUCAGCCUAGCUUACAUGUUUUUCACCUUUGGAAUCUGCACCGGUGUUGGCACUGCCCUUUUGCAGACAGCAAUCUUCAUCAACAUUGCUCAGCACUUCAAAAAGAAGGUCACGCUUGCUCUGUGCAUCAACAAUGGAGGAGGGGGAAUCGGUGCUAUGAUCGCGCCGCCUGUCUUCAUUCUUUUCCUUGAUAAGUAUGGAUUCAGUGGUACGAUGCUUUUAUUUGGCGGCAUCAUGGCGCAUCUCAUCCCUGCAGGCGCCCUCUCUCGAUCACAGACAAUAACAAAUGUCUUGAGAGAUGACAUAAUUGCUGAUGUAACCGUGGAAGGUGAACGUGAUGAUGAUGGUGCAGCAAAAAAGGAUGCAAGCGUAAAAUUAUUAUUUGACCAGACCAUCUCACAUCCAACCAAACAGUCUGCGUUAAUCGACAAUUUAACGGCCUCGGCAAUUUACGUGGGAGUGGAAAGAAGUUGGACAAUUGCUAAUAACGAAGACAUCGGAACGAUGAAGGAUCUCACUGGUUCUUAUGAUACAGCAUUCUACCUUGGAGCAACUGGGAUUGUUGGGGGACUCUUACAUUUCGUUCAGUACUUCUGUCUGCCUAUUACAACGAAAGAAGACGAAAACGAACAUCAAAAGGAAAAUUAUUGUUAA